AUGACGGAGGCGGAGGAGAUAAAAGAGAAGCAACAACCACCCGCAUCCAGCAACGGAUUUCCGAUGGAGGCCUCCUGCAGUGAAGACGCGUUCGAUCACACGUACCAGGAGAAGCAAGGCCCCAAGCCGCCCAGGAUCGUCGUGUGGAGGAACGUUAUCCUCAUGACCCUGUUGCAUAUAGGCGCCAUGUACGGCGUCCUCCUCAUCCGCACCGCCGCGCUCGCUACGCUGCUCUGGUCCGUGCUUUGCUUUUUGAUAAGUGCUUUAGGAGUAACGGCAGGCGCUCACCGCCUAUGGAGUCACAGGUCCUACAAGGCCACUCUACCUUUAAGGAUUUUUCUGGCUGUAGCCAACUCCAUGUCCUUCCAGAAUGAUAUUUACGAGUGGGCCCGCGACCACAGAGUCCACCACAAGUACUCUGAGACGGACGCUGACCCGCACAACGCCGUGCGCGGCUUCUUUUUCGCCCACAUCGGCUGGCUGCUGGUGCGCAAACACCCUGACGUCAUCGAAAAGGGACGCAAGCUAGAGCUUCAUGACCUGCUGGCUGACAAGGUGGUCAUGUUUCAGAGGAAGCACUACAAGCUGUCGGUGCUGCUCAUGUGCUUCUUCGUGCCCAUGUUCGUGCCUUGGUACUUCUGGGGCGAGUCCCUGUGGGUGGCCUACUUUGUGCCAGCGCUUCUGCGCUACACACUGGUGCUCAACGCCACCUGGCUGGUCAACAGUGCCGCUCACAUGUGGGGCAACCGGCCGUACGACCAGAGCAUCAACCCUCGCGAGAACAAGUUUGUCACAUUCAGCGCUAUAGGUGAAGGAUUCCACAACUACCACCACACAUUCCCAUUUGACUACGCUACAAGCGAGUUCGGCUGCAAGUUAAACCUGACCACCUGCUUCAUCGACUUCAUGUGCUUCCUGGGGCUCGCCAAGGACCGCAAGCGAGUAUCUCACGAGAUGGUGCUAGCGCGAGCACAGCGCACAGGAGACGGCAGCUACCGCAGUGGCUAG